AUGCCUUCGGAACAAGAAAUGGACAAUGAAAGUAUUGCUGACUCUAAAAGCAUACAUUCUCAAACAUCAUCAUCCAUUCAACACUCGUAUACGAUUGAAGAUCUACUCAAAGAUUGUGAGAGAAUUCUUCAUACCCAAUACGGUCUUAAACCAUCAUCACCGUUCCGUGAUGUCAAAUAUCCAUUAUUAAAAGAGAUUUGGGACUCCAUCGGAAGAUACUUGUAUCAACAAUUAGAAAAUGUAAAAUCUGUCAGUGUAAACAAUAUAGGGAGGUUUUCAUUUCUAACUUCUCUUCUCCAUACAGGUAAUAACGGAAUCAUUGAAACAAAAAAGGUUGUAUUUGUAAUGAGUGAGGCAUUUGCAAGAGAUUUCAAUCUAAAACUACGAAGAAAUUAUCGAAAAUUUGUCGACAAUUCAAUACCUACCGUAGAAGUUAAUUAUUUUCUUGUUGCACAGAAAUGCUGUACAACGAAAGAAAUUGUUCUUUUUGUCAUGAAAAUAUUAAGGAAUCGAUUAGGGGAAAUAAUGUCAGGAGGAAAGAAAGUUCGAAUUGAUUUUUUCAGUGUUGGAUCUCUCAAGUGUGAUAAAAGAAUAGUUUCAGAUUUUGAAUUUGUAGAUGCCUUGAAACAACCAAUCACAGAAAAGCAAUCAAGUACGGGAAAGAUGAAUUCAGGAUCUCAUCGAAUCACCUCGUCCGAAGAUUUACAGUUAAUGGCUUCAAGAACACGAAAGAAUUCAAUCAAACCUUCUUCUUGGAGAAACAUGCUCCUUUUAUCUCAAAUGAAUGACAAACAACAUACGAAAUCAAAGGAUCCCAAUGAUGAUUCAAUUUCUGUGCAUUCUUCAGUUUCAUCUAGAAGUGCCAGAAGUUAUACCAUCAAGAAUCAACACCAGUUUCAACGACCUGCAACAGCUUCUUCAACUGGUUCACUAACACCACGACAAGUACCACGAGCAUUCACCAAGAAGUCAGCUCACAAUAGGGAUGAAACCAAUAAUGGUUCGUGUAUUUCCAACAGGAGUAAUACCAAUCAGAACUCAAUGAACAAGGUGGAAUUGAUGAAUCAUCAAUUUUCUGCUGCCUUAAAUUAUGGACCUCACGACAAUGGCUUCAGACAACCUAAUGCACAUGCUGCAGCGACUGUCAUGAAUUUAGCAGUUCAAAGAUAUGCACAACAGCUGGAAAGUACGAGGAGAGAACAACAACAAGACUUGGAUUUAUUCUAUCGGCAGCUCAUUCACAAUGUUUGUGUCAGUGAAGAAUUGAGAAGAAGAAAACGGGAGGAGGCACAACAAGUUCAAACACAACUCGUUCAACAAAUGCAACAUGCACUCCUGCGAAAAAGAUCGGAUGAUGAACAGUAUUCCAAUUAUUUCAACAAUGAAGAGGAUUCAGACUUGGAUAAGAACAAGAAUGGUCUCUUAAUGGGAUUCAAAAAGAGUGCAAGAGGGUCCAGAGACUCGAAUGUGCAAUUAAGGUCUUCGCUUCCAAACCCUCAAAUGCAAAGAGCAUAUCCCUUUCUGUCCAUUGACGAACAGAGCCCGUUGCAACAAGGUCUUCACAUUCCCAACAGGUUCGAGUUGAAAAAUUUCUUUGACGAGACAGUGCGUAGUAAAUAG